CUAAUGCAACGUGUUGUCGGGCUAAUCUGCCGCCGAGUCCCCGGAGGACUCGUUUUCCCUUGGGGGACUUUUUCUUCUCUAAGUUGGGUCCCGGAACCGCGUUGAGUUUCAGCUGGGGCUUCGUAAGCACCGGGUUUCUCCCUGUCGGGGAGCGGCAGAGCUUGGAAAGUCUCAUUUGAUUGGCAAGAAUAAGGGACAUUCCAGCUAUGGAAGGGGAUCAACAGCAAGAGAUUGCUGCCGAAUCAGAGGCUUUACCUAAUGCAGAAGGCGACGGGCCAGAAGAUGCUUCAGAUAUCGCAUCCAAUAUUUCUGAUGCAGAUGCCUUAAAGAUACUUCUGGAGAUGAAGAUGAAGAAGAGACAAAAGAAACCCAGCCUUCCAAGCACUGUGACGGAAUUUGCAACUGAAGAGGGCUCCAAAGUUUAUGUCGUCGGCACGGCCCACUUCAGCGAUAGCAGCAAAAAAGAUGUAGUAAAGACAAUACAGGAGGUUCAGCCUGAUGUGGUUGUUGUUGAGCUGUGCCAGUAUAGAGUUUCUAUGUUAAAAAUGGAUGAAAGAACUUUGCUAAAGGAAGCCAAAGAAAUUAAUCUGGAGAAGCUUCAGCAAGCUAUAAAGCAGAAUGGGCUCAUGUCUGGAUUGAUGCAAAUGCUGCUGCUGAAAGUAUCUGCACAUAUCACAGAACAAUUAGGAAUGGCUCCUGGAGGUGAAUUCAGGGAAGCUUUCAAAGAGGCGAGUAAAGUGCCUUUCUGCAAGUUUCACCUUGGAGAUAGACCGAUUCCAGUCACAUUCAAGAGAGCCAUUGCUGCACUUUCUAUCUGGCAAAAAAUAAAGCUUGCUUGGGGCCUCUGUUUCCUGUCUGAUCCAAUCAGUAAAGAUGAUGUGGAGAAAUGCAAACAAAAGGAUUUACUAGAGCAAAUGAUGGCGGAAAUGAUUGGAGAAUUUCCAGAUCUUCACCGAACAAUUGUUUCAGAAAGAGAUAUUUAUUUGACUUACAUGCUGAAGCAAGCUGCAAAAAGGACAGAACUACCUCGUGCUUCUGAAGCUGAACCUAGACGAUGCGUCCCUUCUGUUGUAGUUGGGGUGGUCGGCAUGGGUCAUGUACCAGGGAUUGAAAAGAACUGGAACACCGAUUUGAAUAUCCAGGAAAUAAUGAGUGUGCCUCCUCCAUCCACGUCCAGUAAAAUCCUAAAGUUUGUUAUAAAGGCUACAAUAUUUGGACUGGUGGGCUACGGCUGCUAUCGGAUGGGACACAGGACAGUUCGGUUUAUCCUUUCUGUGCCCAUUGCACAGAAGUAUCUUCAGAAACUGAUAGGCGUAAAAUCUCAGCAUUGAUUUGGGAGACUCUGCAUCUGGUUGGGACAAAAUGGAUUGCACAAAGAAACUGGAAAACAAGGCAAGAAAGUUUUUGUCCUAAAGUCUGUUGUGAUGCCAGGUUACCAGAUAAGCAUUGGAUUGGCAUUAAGUGCUACACCAGCUCCCAUCUAUACAAUUAAGUGUUUCCUAUCAAUCUAAUGAAAUGUGUGGCAUAAACGUAUAUGCCAAUAUAAGGUACCUAGAAUAUGUACACAUAUAUUAUAUUAAUAUGUGUAUGUAGCAUAUUUAUAAUGAUGAAAUAAUAUAAUAAAAGCCCAGUAUGAUCCACUGGUAACUUCCAACAAGCACCCUAAAAAUGAAUGAAACUUUUGCAAAGAACCCAUGCAGUUCUUCUCAUCACUGUAGCUUGCACAGGAGAAAUGCUGAGUUUGAUGCGACUCUUGAUUUUCUGUCAAAAGAGCAGAAAAACAAUUAUGUGGAUUGCGUUCUAAUUAGAAAGCACAGUGGCCCAUGCGAUGUGUGCGUUUUCGUUAUCAGUAAUAUUGAGUUACACUUCCCAGAGCCCAGCAAUUAAAUCUUUAGAAGGAUCCCUUCUUACUGGAAAUCUUUUAUACAUAGUGGCUUUUUUAAAGGACAAAAAAACCAAAAACAAAACCUGAAUAAACUUUUGGUAUAUCACAAAAUAUGCUGGCUAUUGUUGAUAAAAUUGUUACCUUUUGAAAGCCUUACUUACUUUAAAAGUUGCCUUUAGCAUUACUAAGCAGACGUGAUUCAGCCAAAAUUAAGCACUUUAAAAUUCCAAUUCCCGUUCAGGAGUGCAGAAACUUGGUUGGAUCAUGAUUUUGCUUUUAGGCCUCUAUAACGAUCUUUUUUUUCCUUUUUCCUUAAAUGAAAAGUUUAGCUGUAGCCUAUCUGUUCCCUCAUCCCUUUAUUUCAGUUUUUUUUUGUUAGAAAACCUAUGUUUAUAGGACUCUCAGUUCCUGUUGGUGUGAAUAUCAGUGUUUCAAAAUUACUGAGAAAAUUAUACAUUUAUACUGUAGACUUUUUCAUUCCUUUCAUUCCUCCUUUUUGGGAAAAAAAUCUGGAACAGCUCUUUAUGUAGAAUUUAUCCUUCAUUUCUUGAAUACCGUGCGAGCUAUUAUCACAAUUCCAUGUGAAUGUAAUAAAAUACCGAUUAAAAGACUAAAUGGAAUGUUAUUUUAACAAAUAUUAGUGUUUUUAAAUUGUCUGGAUUUUGCUAACAUUACAUUAUGGGUACUUUUCAACUAAUUGAACUUUUUAACAUCACAUUUAAAAAAAACCUAUCAUGUAUAUUUAAAUACCAUUAGAAUUAGGAUUGUGUAUUUCCGUCCUCUCUACAGAUCAUAAUGAUCAUAACAUUUAGCCCACUGAAAACAUAUUGUUAGGAUUACAUCUUGUGUGAAUUUGGGGGGAAAAAAAACAAAACCCCAAACCUUUAGUUUCUUCUCUCCUCACCUUUUGGGAAGAUGGAUAAAAGUGCACAAUUAGUGAUUGAAAUUACAAGUGGAUCUCAUUUAGUGAUUGUCUUGCUUAGUGAUAAUGACGAUGGUGAUGCAAAAAGUCCAUACUCUUGCAUUUAUGACGGUAAAGUAAAGAAGAGCUGACGUAAGAACAUAAGCACAGUUGUGGUUUCAUUUAGCAACUUGCUUUCCUUAACAACCAAGUUGUUGGUCCCAAUUGUGGUCACUAAACAAGGACUACCUGUAACAACUGUGUUCUGACUGCAUAUUUAACACAGCAAACAUGAGAAUCAAAACCUUCAACUGAGGGCUGUUGGAAACCUGCUUUUUUGAAAGGUUCCUAAGCUCCUGUCUGUUUUCUUAGCAUAAUCUGGAACAGAGAGGAGUGCUUAAGUCCCAUUGAAAAACUUGGAUUUAAGUACGAUUGGCUAUAAGGGCCAGGUCUUUGCUUAAUGCUUGCCUGGGAGGCAAUGGCCUUCGUUUUCUUACUGCUGAUCUUGCAGUAGACAAAUGUCAUCAUAGGUCAGACCCAAAAAAUUGUCUUGGGACUUCAAGGCAUUUUUUUUUUAAUUCAAUAGGAAUAUUGGUAUACCAACCAAAGUCCAAUGGGCUGUAUUCCCCAGCCGCAAGGGGAACAAAUACCGCUAACUGAAGUUUAAUUUGUUUUUUUUAUAUAAAUGACACUGUGCACUGCUA